CUUGUUCCGAAUCUUCUUGACUGAAUGAUUUUAGUUGUAGCAAAGAUCCAGGGAUAUCCUCUGCAAAAAUACCAAAAAGGCCCUAAAUGAACAACUAAGUUGUUUUUGCCGUUUUAUUGUUUUGCCCAAUGGGUUAAUAACGUUGAUAGGAGCUGAUUCCAGGACUUUCUACGUCACCGCAAAGCAGAACAGUGUAUGAAAGAUUUAACCUGAAAAUUGUAGGCGUCAGCGCUUAGGUGAGAUGGCGGAGAUCAACGCUGUGUGUGCGCCUAUGGUGGUGCAUCAGGAAGAUGUAAACGAGAAUGUCUCUGCACAGCGGAAACGGCAAAAUAUGCAGAAAGAAUCGCUGGAACCAGUGUCAUGUCUGAUAGGGUCUAUGAGUGAACUCAGUGAGCGCAUCUCUUCACUCAUCCUCCUGCCAAAGAUGGUAUAUACAGAUACACAGUUGUCGAGAUGUGACCGCCAUAGCUCUCAGCAGGAGUCCCCUCCGCCUCCUCAGUCAAGCCAGAGCAGGAGCAACGCAUCGACCGAGAAGCAUGAAGGGGGUAGGCCCAAGCUGGUGGAGCUUUGCCAGUACCCAGGAUUCAGUGAAGAGGGCCUGACACCUCUCCCCCACCACACAUCUUUCUCCACUGUCGUCGCUCGCGUGGUGCGGGCACAACCCCGUCUCAGCCACAAGCCCAGAUAUAAAGCUGCUUUUCAAAGCAUACUGUCCUCUGGCCUAAUGGAGCACUUUGUCACUGAUGUGUUUUGGUGGCUGUUUCUUCAGAACUUUCAGCCAGAUGGACAUGUACAAGACUGCUUGUUCUCUCGAAUUGCAGAGAAUUACAUCAGAAUCCUGAGCCAAAAUCAGUCAUCACGCAUUGGCAAUGUUUUUCUUCGGGAGUUCCCCCACACCCUGAGCCAAACUCUGUACAGCGCCUUCUGCUGCUGCUUCCCCCAGUCCUGCAUCACCAUCCGCAGCGGCACAUUCCCCCAAACGCUGUGCUCUACCGCCUACCAGUGGACAGGAGGGAUUUGUCCUGCUCCUAAUGUCUUCAGAAAGUGGGAUAUUGAGGCCCUGGAGCCAGACGAAGACAGCAACGCUGAGUUCGUUGCGGAGAACGAGAAAAAGGAAACAGAGUCUUGUUUGUCCCUGCUGGAAUGCAUGUUACCCGGUGCCUGUGCGUCCACCCAGCGUGACUGCCCUCCGUCCACUCUGACAGCUACCUGGAGGCCGAUGAGCCCAGUAGCUGAACCCAGUCACACCAGUUUUGAAGGGUCCUUUUCCAACGCCAAGGAGCAGACUAUCAACAAUCUGUCUGAGAAAGAAGGAAAGAGCACUGGCUCAGAGGACAUAAAAGGCUCUGACCAGAAGGCAGCCACUGACCACAGGAAUCGAAAAUCGACUAAGGAGUCCCAGACUGGCUGGUACGAGUUGGAGUUUCACCGCUGUGUGUUUAAUGUGUGGGGGAACAGUCCGCUGGUGCGGCACUACAUGGAGAAUCUCAAGAUGGAGCCCAAGGUGGGACAGGACGUCCUGGUGCGGAGGACUCAGAUCCACACACUGCCUCCGGAGGAUGCGGUGACAUACCGGCAGUUUGUGCGCCAGUGCCAUGAGCGCUCAGCGGCGCGCUGGCACAACCUGAGGGCCAUGAGGGCGCAGUGUGAGCAAGACAUGGCCGCUCUACAGCGCAGCAAGGACGUGCAUCGCCGCAUCCUACUCAAGGAGCAGAAGAGAAUUCUAUCCCAGCGGAGCAGUGUGAAGCUGUUCUGCCAGAAGCUCUGCCCUGAUGCCACCACUGAGGAGGAGGCAAACUUGCUCUCUGAUAGCUCUUACACUCAGUAGAGGCAGCAGGGAAUGAACUAAUGACUUCACGCAGUCUGCAAUUACUGACUCACUUCCUGUGGGCUUUUGUCCAGAUUGGGGCAUUCCAUCACUGUGUCUGAAUUAAAAUCAGUGCUAUGAAAGAAAA